AUGACUGCAACUGUCGUAGACCAACCCGAUAAGCAAGAACAUCAACAGCAAGAUCAAGAGCAUACUUCGAAGCAGCAUUUACCACAACAAUUGCAACCAGAACAUGAUAAUGUUGUUGCAUCGAUGGAAGGUACCGAUGACGAAGUUGCUGUUGCAGUUUCGCGUGACAUUCCCAUCGAUGCAAGCCAUCAAGCCACUGCAGAACAAGGUCCAACGGAACAGCAACAUCAUUCCGAAAGAAUUCCGGAUCCCGGGAUUCUUUCGGCGAGUGCUUCAGCUCCACAUGCAAAGACAAAAAAACCGCGAAGAAGGAGGGGUGGAAAAGGACGCUGGAAACCAUAUCGCACAUUAUCGCUGAAGGAAAAAAUUGUCCAAGAAGAGAAAGAAGAACGAAAUGCAGUGGAGAAGCGGGAAAGAUUGUUUUCACGCGGUAAGCCUAUGGCACCGUACAAUACGACGCAGUUCCUGCUGGAAGAUCAUGAGAAGCGUACGAUGCCUCCAGAUGUCGGCGAUUCGUUACCUGGGAUGACCGCACAUCAACGGCAAUCCACAGCAGGAUUUUCACCAACUCACGAAAGAUGUGGUACUAUUGGUCAGUCAGGAUCUGAAAUGGGUGGUAAUACAACAGAUAGUGCAAGUUAUUCAGGUGGAGAAGAUGAUGAGAUGGAGCGACAAUUUGAUGCUGAUUAUGAUUAUGUCAAUAUGGAGCGUAUCAGUAACAUGACAAAAGAUGAGGUUGCACGGGAAUAUAUGCAUUUGGAAAAGAUUAAUGGUAAACUGGCGGAUCGCGUGAGUUUGCUGCAGUUAGAAAAUGAUAAGUUAAAACAGCUGCUGAAAGACCAUAACAUUUCUUACGAAGAUGUAUUACCUAAAAUACGACGGCAUAGUGGUACAUCAGUUUCGGAAGCAGGUGAUGCUGUGCGCAAAAGCCAGGACGAAACCAUGGUUGAUAACAAGCAAGAAGUGGUAUGCUAAGCCGGUUUUACUUAUCUACAAACUAAUUUCGGUUGUAAUUUAUAAUCGUGGUCAGUGUUGUAUUUUUAUUUUUCCAUAAUUUGAUGGAUGGCUCUUCGCAUUUGACGACUCAUUUUCUUUUAUGGGUAAAGAGAAGGUUUUCAGAAAUUGUCGAAUUUCAUUUUUUUUUUUCUUUCACUUCUUUACAGCUCCAUUGGCUAUAAUCUCUGGUGAUGAUUUUUGCUGGGUUGUUUUAUACGCUGUAUAUUUGUGUGUUUAUAUUCCCUAAUAUGUAUAUUACUAAUUUCUACGGGAUAAUGCUCCAUUAAGCUAGUUCAUUCAAUACUCUUUUUAUUAAUUGUUCGGGAAUGUGCAG